UUCCUCAACAAUUUGAAGAAAAAAUACAAUGUCCAAUGGAAGAUCAUAUGUAUUUCAAUUCAUGGUAUAAUGUGAAACUGAGUGGACGUGUUUUCAGCCGACUGCCUAUUUCAGGGAUAUCUGGAAAAAUACACACGCGAAUCCGACGAAGGACAUACCAAAUGAAUCUUGAAACAUAGAGGAUUAUUAAAGUCUGUAUUUGGAAGGCUUAACAUACCGACAACACAUAGAAAUAGACGGUUAUAAAAGGCACUUGUUCCAGAGGACCGGCUCCCAAAACACCACGUUUCUCUUUAUAUCUGGGUGAUCAAUCAGCUUCAGGAUGUACAAGAGCAAACAGCAGAUAAUAAGGCGACCAAAGGCACCAAUUGAAGGCCUAUUCUGCAACUACUCCCACAGAAUAUGUAUGCAGAACAGAAUUGAUGGAUUUGAUUAUUGUAUCAAGCAUAUUCUCGAAGAUAAAGAUGCUCCCUACAAACAAUGCAGUUACAUGUCUAAUAAGAAUGGAAAAAGGUGCCACAAUGCUGCACCUAAAUCAGAUAGAAAAGAUGGGUAUUGUAUAGAACACGCCAAGAAAACUGCGAUAUUACGACAGCAAGCUGCUAGAAAGCAUAAACCUAGAGAAACUCCCGAGAGCUUAUUGGAAGAGCUAGAACAUCAUAAUGGAUCUAACCCUAGCAGUAAUCCAGAGUUACGGAGACCUCGUUCAGUUGAUACAAUGGCCAGUCGCAUUCUAGGUAUCUUAAGGGACUAUGCAAGCUCUGGAGAAUCAGAUACAGAGACGUGUUUGGUUGACCAGGCAUGGAGAGGUGAUGGAGACAGUGAUGCUGAGAGUAUAGACAGUGAACAAGAAGAUAUUCUAAAGCAUGCUGGUAUUUAUACUGCAGAGGAGGUUGCAUUGAUUACAAGAGACAAACUGAUUCGUUUACAGUCCCUCUAUAUUGACCAGUUCAAACGUCUUCAGCAUGUCAUGAGAGAAAAAAGGAGAAAAUGUUUACGGGGAAUGCGAAUAGAAAGAGAUCGUAUUAGCUCUGUUCAUUCAAGUAAGGAUGACCCCAAUCAGAGAGACAAAUACAAUAAACUAAUGGCAAUGAAAAAGUACCACAAAAGACAUGGUAGAGAAGCUUUGCUGCAUCGCCAGUCUAAACAAAGACGCAUGGCAGAAGGUGCUAACUACAAACAUCCGUCCUAUUCUAAGUGUAUACACAUGACAGAUGGUAUCAAGUGUUUACAGAGGGUUGUGCCACUUUCUAAAUUUUGCCAACAACAUAUUUUGGAAGACCCCCAUCAGGUGUUAUUCCAAGCAUGUGGAUAUGGUCAGAUGACCUGUGCUAAGCCUGUGGCAUCAUGUGGAGAGGAGCAGCCACGUUGUAUGCUCCACGUCCCUCUACAAGAGUACAGGUCAAGACUGCCAAUUAAAGAUGAAGAGCCUGAUAUGUUGGAUGAUGUUAAAGACAUGAUGCUCCAGCAAAUAGAUGUUGUAACUGAAGACAAUAAACCAAUAUUUGAAGACCAAGAUGAUGAACCUCUCUCUCACCUCCUGAACCUGGAUAGGCAUGACCUUAUGAACUCUAGUCAAGUGGCAAACCUGCCUGAUAUUCCAGUCUCAAUGAACAUAGGCCAACAAUCUCUUCCUGCAAAUAACUCUACCAAUUCCUCUGGACAGACAUUUGAGAGACAGAUAUCUCACUGAUUCUAACUUGUAGUCCAAUGGCUGAAACCUGUCCAUGUUGUUAGUCACAAUUCUAACACGUCUUUGACUGUUAAGAAGGCAAAUUCUCUUUGAGCCAUUUAGAAUAUUUCUCAUUGAUUACUCUAGUCUAACAAGGACAUUUCUGUAUAUUUCAAGUGGCGACUGCAUAAAAUGUCAUUUAACUUCAGGCUAGAGUAAGUUAUUUCUGUUGUUUCUGAUUCCUGCAUGCACAUUCUGCUAGUAUUUUUGAUAUAUAUGCCACCCACAUUGACAAAAAUUAAAAUGAUUUUUUUGAUACUAUAAAGCUCACAAUUAGUAUAGUGGUGUAUUUAUCUGGACAUUGUUUUUAUAUAUUAUCAAAAAUUAAAUGCCACAACCGGUCAUCAAUUUGAAAAAUGGCAAGAAACAGAGCAGAUAGUUAACUUAUUCUGGCCUUAUUUGUUUGUGUUUGAACAAUCAUUCUGCAAAAGUGAAAGUUGAAAAUUAUGAAUUUUUGAAAUAAAAUAUUAAAAACAAGAUUUGUAUUAGAA